AUGUCCAGAAACAGUUUUGCCAACAUUUGUGAUGUUCAGUUUCAGUACUUUUAUGAGUACUUGGGAAAUACCCCUUGGCAAGUUAUUACACCUUUGACUGACAGAACCUGUGCCAUGGUUGUCCCUGACAUUGAACUGGUCUCUGAAAUGAUGUUGGCUGCUGUAGGGUUUAUUGAUGCCUGUCUGUUAGCCAGGAAGUUCAUCACCUUCCAACCUCUCUGCAGGGAGCUGCUCCCUGAACAGGGCUGUUAUGACUGGGGACUUCAUGCUAUCAAGUCAGUUUUGGUAAUUCUGAAACAAGGAGAUAAGAACAUCCCUGAGGACCAUGUGCUUAUGUGUGUCUUAAGAGACUUCAAUUUGCAUAAAAUAGUGACAGAUGAUAUCCCAAUUUUCAAAGGCGUGAUCAGUGACCUGUUUCCAUCUCUGGAUGUUCUGAGGAUGGGGAACCUACAGUCUGAGCAGAUGGUUAAACAAUCUACCCUGGAGCUGUACUUGCAGACAGAAGAGAACUUUAUUCUCAAAGAUGUUCAGCUGGAGGAGCAGCCAGCAGUGUGUCACUCUGUGUUUGUUGGUGGAAUUGCAGGGAAUGGGAAGGGUAAGACCCAUACAAAAUGCAGCAAGAGUCGUGAAGCGAAGGUGAAGGGGAGGGAAGGGAUGUCUGGUGCUGCUUGCAGGGAGCGGGCGCUGCCGCUGCCCGGGGCCGUGCGGGGAGCGGGGAUGCGGGGCCCGCCCGCUCCAGGCUCCCGGGCUGCGCUCCUGCGGCGCUCCCGCGGCACACGGAUGCCGCCUGUAGGACUGCGAGAGAUGCUUGCAAAUAAACCUGGCGCUUUCCAAAAAACGCAUUGGAGCCAGUCCAUUGAAAACCUCAAAGCACAGAAGAAAACUUUCAUGGGUGACAUCUUAUUGACGGCAGGAUCUGUGUCUCACUUUGGAACCUUCAUAAAACAUCACCAGGACCCAAAGGGACAUUUCUGGAUUCCUCCUCUAAAGGUACAAAAAGCUCCUUUUCCUGAGACAGAAGGCCUGGACCCAACUGCCACAUUGAGGGUUGAUGCUACAGCUGUGGCAUGGAGUAAAAGGGGUGAUAGGAUGUCAACAGAAAACACCACUGUUCUAACAAACUGUGAGUGCUGACCUCUGAUGAUAGAUCCCCAGCAACAGGAUAAAUGGGUAAAGAAUAAAUAUGGAGCUGACCUUAAAGUCGUAUGUCUAGGACAGAAAGGAUAUGUGCAUACCAUUGAAAGAGCUUUGGCUUUUGAUAAGACUGUAAAAAUUGAAAACAUGUGUGACUCUAUUGAUCCCAUACUUGAUCCUCUGCUUGGAAGACAUACAAUUAAAAAGGGAAGGUAUGUCAAGAUUGAAGACAAAAAAUGUGAAUUCAAAAAGAAUUUUCAUCUCAUCCUUCACACUAAACUGGCUAACCCUCACUACAAGCCACAACUGCGGGCUCAGACCACGUUCAUUAAUUUCACUGCCAGCAGGGACAGGCUGGAAGACCAGCUGUUGGCGGAGGUUGUUAAUGCAAGACUCACAAAAAACAUAAGUGCAAGAAACAGAAUUCUGCCUCCAGCAGUGAUGCCUGAUACAUUAGUUAUUGCUUGUACCAGAUGUUUACAUUGGCAGGGCUGCGUGUCGGAGGGAAGAGAACACGAUGUGAUCUCCUGCUGGUCUGUACCACAGAAUUGUGUGGAGAAAAAUCUUGUUUCAAGGUACACGAAAAGCACAAUGACGGAAUUAGCAAAAUGCUAAGAAGAGAGCAGUCCAGCCACUCCUGUGUUUUUCAUCCUAUCUUCAGGACUAAGCCCACUUGAAGAUCUUUCUAUUGCAGGCAAGAAGCUUGGGUUCACUAUAGAGGAUGGAAGAUUUCAUAACAUGUCUCUAGGACAAAAGCAGGAGAUGGUUGCAAAGGAGGCAUUCAAGAAAGCUGCCCCACAUGGCCAUUGGGUUCUUUUCCAAGUGAUAGCUGAGUGGUUCAAAACCUUGGACAAACUCCUUGAGCAAUACAUUAUUCAUCCUGAUUUCUGUGUCUUUAUCAGCGCUAAGCCAGCUCCAACCACAGAAGAGCACGUAAUUCCCCAAGGAAUACUAGAAAUUCAAUUAAAAUUACCCCCUACAAGGAUGCUGGCUAAUUUCCAUGCUGCGCUCUAUGGUUUUGACCAGUGUAAAGUUCUGCUUGAUGGGUGGAAAGAAGAAGGAGGAGAAAGAGGACAUGAGAAUGUGGAGAACAGGCACGUCACAGGUAGUGUGCAGUCUCCUUCCCUCCAGAUCCCUGGUUAUCCCUGUGUGCUACCCCAGAAACUUGCAGAAAGAUCCUCAAGCCCAGUGUGA